CAAAUUAACAGUAACAAAAUAUUAUAAAAAUUUACUAAUCAAAGCAUUUAUAGCAAAAUAGCCACAGCACAAUGGUCAAACAAUUAGCCAGAAUUUUACUACACAGUGGUAUAGUAACACCAAGUUGCCUGAGCCAAGGAAUGCGUAGAGGUUUUGCACGAAGACCAAGCGAUUGUAGGCGGGCUCAUGUUGAUAUACCUCCAAAAUUGGACCCAACUUGUCCAGUAGGAUGCGAACGCAAACAGAGAAAAGAUGUUGGAAUUUUGCAUAAGAUAAAGUUAAGAAUUCUCGAGGGUGGAAGCAAUUUUGGAAGGCCAUUUCGCUUAACCGGCAAAAAUGUAAAAGAAGUUGAGGUUGCUCUCACAGAGCAGAAAGCCUUACCAGCGCCAAAGGAGCUUGCAAAGGUUGAACCUCCCCGGCCUGGGCUACAAGUGUCUAUACUUGGGGCGGACUCCAGCAUGGGACAGUAUGUUGCCUUACUGCUUAAGCAGUGCGCAUGUAUAAAAAAACUGCGCCUGUAUGCCGCGAGUGACGUCACGUGCGGACGAAAUAUCUAUCAAGUGGCAGAAGACUUAAAGCACAUUAACACUAAUUGUUUAGUCCAAGGUUACAGCCGUAUGUGUAACGAACUCGAGAGAUGCCUGCAGAAUACUGACAUAGUCCUGAUGAUGGAGACGGGGAGUGUGGACGUGACGAAAACAGUAGCCGAGAGGUUCAAAUGCAAUGCGCCGGUGGUGAAGCAGUACGCGGAUGUUAUAUCCAGGGAGUGCCCAAAAGCGUUCCUGGUUAUUUGUGCUUCGCCGAUAGAUUGUAUGGUGCCCUUGGUUGCUGAGACUUUAAAAGAAUCUGGUUGGUAUAACCCAAGCCGACUGCUCGGAUCGCUAGCUGUCCAAGAAAUGCGUGCCAGCACAUUGGCUGCCAAAGUACUGGGCUUAGAGCCUGGUUUUGUUAGAGUGCCAUGUGUUGGAGGUACUGAGGGAGAAACUUUGGUGCCGUUGUUUUCCAAAGCAGUUGAUAUGUUUGAUUUCAACACGCAACACGCAUUAAUGAUGACGCAAACAAUUCGGGACACGGCUGAAGCUUUGAGUAAAUCCAGUGGCCGUUGUCAGGAAGCGGCAAAUUCUAGCGAAGCUCAUGCUUUGGCUGGACUUGUGACUAAAAUAGCGUGGGCUCUGUUGUGUAAAGACGUGCCAAGAGUAACGGGCUUUGUUGAAACUGAUGCCAGGCAGAUUAUAUCACCAGCAAGCUAUCUUGCGCUCGAAGUUCUUCUAAACCAUGACGGUAUUUGCGAGAUAUUCGACUUUCCAAAUAGACUAAGCGAUUCGGAAUUAGGAUUUUUGGACGUUGCCCUCGGAUGUCUGACAGAAAAUGUGAAAUUGGCGAAGAACUGGAACGAUAACUAUAUAACAGAAUCGUUCGUGGCCGGUAAACUGGCUGAAAGAAAGGAAUUCCUCGGUUCCAAAACAUACAACCAUGUGGGCGAUUGCGUACACAUGUCGACAUAAUCAACCAUAUGUGAAUGAAAAACAAUCCUUAGGAUUGGAGACGUUGGACGAAGUACAUUUGUAAGUUGUAACAAAAAUUGUGAAUAACGAAAAAAAAUGUAAAAUGUUAAUGAAAAAGAAAAUAAAAUACAUACAUAUUUUA